GCCAGAGGCCCAGCCAGGCAGCAUCCCACCGGGGACACUGAUCUGGAAACAGGGCCAGGAAGCCGUGCCAGCAGCCGGCCACAGUGAGGGGCUGGGGCAGCCCGGGCAGUGGGGAGCACAUCCUGCCUGUCCUGGCUGCUGGCAGAGCCACAGGCAGAGAAUGGCUCUCCAGAGAGGAAUCACAGUCAGCAGAGCCUGCCUGGUGCACAGGGAGAGGUUUGGGAGAGGCUCAGGAGAGGCCAUGGUGGGGAGCACAGGCAGCAGCCAGAUGGACUGUCCUGAGAGCCCCAGGCACCACAGGCCCUGGGUGACGGGUGUUAAUCAGUCUUUCACAACAGGUCAGCCCCAUGCCCAGGGCACCAGGAGGAGAUGCAGUCGGGCACCCUUUUGGCCAGAGAUGCUGCAGCGUCCUGAGAGGCCCGAGGUGCUCAGCAGGGCUCAGUGCAGGCAGUGAGGAGCUGCAGCCAGGAUGGAGCCCGUGGGGCCAGAGCAGGCUCAGGCAUCCCGGGGCAGGGAGCAGCAGCAGCAGCACUGGGGCAGGGGGCCCAGCCAUGGGCAGGGCAUGCGGGGGUCUUGCCCACCUGAAUGGGCUGUGCUGGUCGCAGGGGCCCUCAUGGGAGCUGGGGAUGUGAUCGCACAGCAGCUGGUGGAGCGGCGGGGGCUGCGUGGGCACCAUGGCCCCCGCACCCUGAAAAUGAUGGCCAUUGGCUUCUGCUUCGUGGGCCCUGUUGUGGGCAGCUGGUACAGGAUCCUGGAUCGGCUCAUCCCGGGGAACACAAAAGUCGUGGCUGUCAAGAAGAUGGUUCUGGAUCAGGGGGGCUUCGCCCCGUGUUUCCUUGGCUGCUUUCUGGCCAUCACGGGGGCCAUGAACGGGCUGUCAGUGCAGGAUAACUGGUCCAAGAUCCAGCAGGACUACACAGACGCCCUGAUGACCAACUACUGUGUGAGUGCUGGCGGAUCUGGCCACCCGUGCAGAUUGCAAACUUCUACUUCGUGCCCCUGCAGCACAGGCUGGCUGUUGUCCAGUGCGUUGCCAUCGUCUGGAACUGCUACCUCUCCUGGAAAGCAAAUCGGAUGUGAGGCAGAAGCCGUGUCCCACCCCUGUCCCCAACCUGUACACUACCUGACCCUGCCACACCUCGGGAGCCCUUUGAGUGGGUGCCUGUGGCUGUGGACAGGCUGAAACAGGCAGAGUGCUGGCAGCAGCUGUCCCUCUCCUUGGGGAGACACCAUCACCACGGCCCCCACUGCCCCAGGGACACACUGGGGAGAAGAUGGUGCCAGGGCACCCUGAGACAGGCCUGGAGUGGCUCCGACUCUGGCUCCAGCUCUGGCUGUGCCGUGUGGCAGCUCUGCCUGCAAUGUGUUUCUCCAUCCAUGCUCAACCCUCUCCUGGCCCCUGCCUGCAUAGAGUCCUCCUGCCCUGGGCAUCACUCUGCCCUUCCCCAUGGCACAUCCCUGGAGGAAGGAGUGGGAGUGCCACUGGGCUGGGGCUGACCCUGGGCUGGCAGUACCAUGGGCACAGAGCUGGGGUCACUGCAGGCUGGGGGUGCUUCCCCUGAAAAUGGGGUUUGGUGUGACUCUGCUGUAGACAGUCAGAGCACCAAUAAAUGGCAUUUUUCACUCUCGA